CAUCAUUGAACAAUUCCUUCACAAACAUCUGAAUCUAUCUUGUCAGUGAAAUAUUAACACCGAACCCUUCAUUCUGCUGUGUUGUUGAGGCGCAGACGCUGUCAUCAUGGCUAUUAUCGAAGGGUGGUUACCACCCACUCGGGAGAACUACGACCUGAUCCUCAAAGUCUGGCAGAUAUCUUACCCAAUUAUUGGUUCGAUACAAUGGCUUACCAGUUGGUACGGCAUGGGCAAAACCUCAGUCACAAGCCGUCUUAACCUCCCCGGCCGUAUUGGCUGGUUGACAAUGGAGGCACCUGGUUUUCUGACACUGCUGUACCUGAUGAAAGCUCUUCCUGAACAGCAUGGAAUCGACGAUCUUCCGUGGCAGAAUAAAGUGCUUGCGGGUCUGUUUGUGAUUCACUAUUCUUACCGCGCUGUUAUGUUCCCCUAUCUUCAGCCUUCCAUGUCACCGGUGCACAUUGCGGUGUGGCUGCUUGGCUUCAGUUUUCAGAUUUGCAACGCAACUUGCCUUGGAUCAUGGCUCGCAGCAUAUGGGCCUACCACUGAGGCAGCAUGGUCAUCACAAUCGUCCAUCUUACAAUUCUCAUCAGGCAUUCUAAUCUUCUAUCUCGGCCUAUCCGGCAACUUCUUCCACGACGAGGAACUACGCGACAUCCGCCGGCGCGAAGCCCAGCGGCAAGAGCGCGCGAAACUGGAGCAGCAGAACGGCCACGCGAGCAAGGGCGUGGAGAAGCACUACCAGAUUCCGCAGGCGGGACUGUUCCGGUACGUGCUGUACCCUCACUACCUGUGCGAGUGGAUAGAGUGGGCUGGGUUCUGGAUGGCGGCGGGUUGGGGAUGCGCGCCUGCGAGGGCGUUUCUGGUGAACGAGAUGUUCGCCAUGUUUCCGAGGGCUGUCAGGGGACGGAGAUGGUACUUGGAGAGAUUUGGAGAGGACAAGGUUGGAAGGAGGUGGGCUGUUAUCCCGGGGGUUUGGUGAAGCUAAAGAGGGAAUGGUAUGAUGGACGGAUGGACGGGUUUAGUUAUGCUUAUGCUAGAUAGACGACGUUAGUUGAUGUUAAGCUAUGGUCAUUCAUGGUUGUGGCUAUGGGUAUAACGAGGAAAUGGUUAUGAUAGAGCACAGAGCAUGUAAGUGUGUUGACUGUAACAAGAACCGAGUAUAAUAGCCGAGAUAUACU